UAAAUUGGCAGGGCCAUCAAUUAUUGAAAGGAAUACGGUGAAUCGCCCAAAACAAGCGGCCACAGUUUGGUAUCAUUACUAAUUUGUUCAAGGCACCCAGUUUUGUAGGUAGUAUGCACUGAAUCUUGAAAGAGAAAUCCCCUUAUAUAUACACAUCUCAUCAGUCCUCACAUUCUUAAAAGCCAAAACCAUAGAUUGCUCAUACUUGGAAAUCUAUGGGCGACCAAAAACAGCAAGAAAAAAUGGUGAAUAUUGUGGUUGCAGUGGAUGAAAGCCAAGAGAGUAUGCGUGCCUGUGAAUGGGCAUGUAACCAUCUUUUGUCUGCUCACACAAAUGUUGGUCAAUCUUAUAAAUUCACUCUCCUUCAUAUUCAGUCCUCUGUUUGUGUUUCAUCUGGACCUGCCUACAUUUUGAGCAGCGAAGUGGUUCAUCUUCUGGAGCAUGAUGAACUUAGAACUACCCAAAAGACUUUGAAGAGAGCUAUGGAUAUCUGUAGUUAUUAUGAUGUUAAGGCAGAAACCCAUGUUGUAAUUGGGGGAGCGAAGGAGAAGAUCUGUGAUGCUGCUCACAAGUUGGGGGCACAUUUUCUGGUAAUGGGUAGCCAUGGCCGUGGUCCUUUUCUCAGAGCAAUCAUGGGAAGUGUGAGUGAUUACUGCUCACGGAAUGCUAUGUGCCCUGUUGUUGUAGUUAACAACAAGGUUGUGUAAUAAUGGAAAAGAAAAAAGGUUUUGCAAGGAUGGAAAAGAAAAUCAUGCCCUUCUUGAAUUUAUCUGGAUUGUGUAAGAUAUGUAUAUAAACCAGAGGUUUGAAGAAACAAGACUGCAGCACUUUUCAAAUGGGAAACAUGGCGGCGCCACGGCACUUUAUUUUUCCCUGAAACACUCUGAUAAAAGCACUUAAUCAGGCUUCAAGUUUUCCUGCAUAGUUUGAAGGACCAGCUAAAUGAAAGUAAAUUUUCAGUUUUA